AUGAAUUACAACCGUGGUCCUUAUGUUUUUAAAAUUUCGGGUCAAAUUUGUCACAAGAUUGGGUCGCUCUCUCCGGAUCCUGCAAAAGAUCCUAGGUUUCUACAGCUUUACCUGUUUGAUACUGAAAACAAAGUACAAGACAGAUUGAGGGCUUUUUCUGAUCCCACAUGGGGGUCUUUGGAUUCUGAUAUUGUCAACUUCCUGGUUGACUUUUUGGGAGCUAAUAACGGAUAUGACCGUAGGUAUGAUUUACCAUCACCAGGGUCUUUGGCUUGUAUAGUAACUGGCGAUGACACAACGUGUACCACAUAUUACAUCAUUAUCCAUUCACAAUCGGGUAGGCCGCAACGUAUCAGUAAACUGCAUCCAAGCUAUAUGCCAUUACAGUACCCACUUUUGUUUCCAUAUGGUGAGGAAGGUUGGUCACCCCGGUUAAAACUCGGUAAUAAGAGAGGGGCUUUCGCUAAAAAUCUCGCUGCAAAUAUGUAUUAUGCGUAUCACAUCCAUACCCCUCAACAUAUUUGGCCACCCAUAUUAAACUCAUCUAGACUCUUCCAACAGUAUUUGGUUGACACCGGCCUCUAUGACGCACUUUCAAAGGGAGAUAGGGAGGCUGUUGUAGUUGGGAAGCAUGUUUUUUUGCUUGCGUCGUUUACCGGUGGGCCCCGGUUCAUGUAUGGUCAUUAUCUAGAUGCUCUCUCCAUAUGUAGGGUCUACGGCAACCCACGAUACUUUAUCACGUUUACAUGUAGUGUUAAGUGGCUGGAGAAAACCCGCUAUAUGGAGAAAACCCGCUAUAUGGAGACACAUCAGCAAACAGAUGUCCACAGUAGAGCAAAUAUUAUUGCUAGGAUCUUCAACAUUAAAGUUCAUGAGUUUAUUCGAUUUAUUAAAGAGGACAAAACGUUUGGCGGCGUUGAGGCAUAAUCUCCCACUCAAUCAUCUUCUUCAACGUCCACUGCCGCUGAUGCUGAAUUGCAAAACAAAGAUGUUCGACCUAUAAAUGAGGUCCAGAAUUUUUUAGACACGAGGCAGCCUGGCGGAUUUUUGACUUUCAUAUACACCAUCGCCACCAACCUGUCCAGGACAUACAACAGCAUGGACAUGAUGCAGCCUAAUGGAAAACAUACAUCAGAUUUGGAAGGCAUGUAUCCAAUCGAAUACCUAAACCAACUUACCUUUCCAGGAAUACCGCCACACGAGCUUGCACUUAAGGUCGUGACAACCAUCUCUGAACUGAUGUCUGGCAAUACGAGACCUGGCCAUAGACAGAUUUGCAGACAACAUCUCUCAUUAUUACGCCAUGGCUCAUCGCACGCCACACAUGUCUAUGUCAACCCAGAUAUACAGGAAACAACAUCUCUCAUUAACCUAUUUCCAGGACAUUCGAGGCCACUUCCGCCACUAUCUGGGACACCUUCUACCUUAUACAGCAUGAAGGUCAGAAACAAAUCCGAUCUACUGGAUAAAACAUUCAUUGUUCGAGCUUCAAUGAAGGAUUUUCACUUUCAAAACAGUUGGUACCAAACUACAUGUCUAACCUGCAAGGAUCCAAUCUUCAAAAGAGGUGAAAAGUGGUACUGCAGCGCACACGCAUUGAUCGAAAGACCAACAUACACAUACAAAUUCACAGUCACCAUCACUGGCGAUACGGACACCAUAUCCGAGACAUCAUGUAGAAAGCUGUUAAAGUCGUCACUUGAAAAUUUUAUAUCCAACAACCCGUUAAUAAACAGAAACAAUCUGCCCUCAAUCAUCACUGAUCACAAAGGAAAACCAAGAACGAUGUCCAUCCAAAUGCUUAGAACAUCCGCUCCCGAGAGCAUUCGAUUCAUAAUAAUAGACAUCGAGGACCCAACAACCACAUAGGAAACGCCUAUCCCAACAACACCAGCUCAACCACGAAUGACAAGGACCCGACCAAAUGACCGCACCUCAGCAUCAUCCACGCCCGCUCAACAUGUUCGACGUACUCUCACCUACAAUCCCACAGGUAAAGGCACAUAUGACAAUAUAAAAUGCAAU